UCUCCGUCUAUGGGAAGAUUUGAGACGGGUCGGGAAGAGGCUUUGCGGGGGCCUGAUGCUAAAAACUAUCGGUGCUAACCUCGGCCCAGGCAGACUUCUGGCCAACUGGCGUCGCUCGAGGCCUCGUACUAGAAAUCCUGCAGGUGAAGAAACAUUCGUGGUGAAGUGCUGAUACAGAGGGUGUGCUGGCUGACUUGUUUGACUGCUGAGUUACGCCCUUAGGUGACAAAUUGUGAUUCUGUCACCUUUGUAAAAAUAAUUUUCCUAUAUAAAUCAAAUAUUCUUGUUAUGUUCACACCGUUUAGAAUAGAGAUGAUUACCCUCUGUCAUUUUUUUUCGGUUUUUCAUGUAAGAGUAAAAUCGUGCAAAUGGCAUUGGAAACUACUGUAGUGAAGUAUGAGGCAUUCUGUUGUUUCGUCAAAUCGUGAAGUGCAAGUACUGAUUUUAGGACAUGAGUUAACUACGGCAUUCAUGUCAUCUUUUAUGUCUCAAAACCAAACAUCAUUCUCUUUUUCUGGGGUAUUCUCGACAGCUUCUGUGCCACAGACAGAAUUCGAACACGAGGGCUCCAAAAUCGAUCACAGCUUCCAUGACAUUCCCUCAACAGAUUCAAGCUGGUCGUCAAACACACUAAAAGCAAAAUCACAAACAAAGUUAGAAGAAAUCAACCCGUCCAUGGCUUCAUUGAGUCUCACAAUGACUCCUUUUGGUGUACUGUUACCAGUUUGUCUCCUGGCAGUUUUUCUUUCAUGUGUUGUUUGCGUCUACCACUGGCACGGCGUCAGAGAACGAAGAUUAGACUUAGAAGACGAACGAAAGAGAAGAAGUCGGAUCGUCUCAGAUUUUGACGCUGGCUGUGGUUUGAGAACUUUCAAGCCUGCUGAUAAGAAAGUUCGAAUGUACCCAUGGAAGUCCACAAGAAUUCAAGACUUGCCUGACAUCAAUAACAACGAUGGAUUUGAGAUUCCCUACUAUCUAGGUGCGAGCAGCAAAGCAGGCUGUUACCAUGUUCACGGUCGCCGUCGUCCAGCAAUGGGUCACAUUUCAGAGCCUUACGAGAGGCCUGCAUUGAAAAGGAACCUCAUUCAUAAUAACACUACCGUAUCCACUCGGGAGCUAUCAGAAACUGAUUUCAGUUUAAAGCUCCCAUCAUCAUGGUCUGCAGACACUCAAACCAAUAGCUGCGUAGUGGCUUCCAUAAAGAAUGAAAAAACUGGAUUGGAUGAUGACUGUUACGUCACUGGCAUACGAGAAGAAGUUAUUCGUUUGACGCACGUUGAUCUGGAGGGACAAGUAGUGGUGCAAACAGUUAAUGACACUCCAACCAGUAGCUGCGUUGUGGCUUCCAUGGAUGAUGACUGUCACGUCACUGGCAUACGAGAAGAAGUUAUUCAUUUGACGCACUUUGAUCUGGAUGGACAAGUAGUGGUGCAAACAGUUAAUGGUUCCUUGUUGGAAUACUGGGUGUAAAGUUAACAGCAAAUAAUGCGACAAUCCAGCCCUGAUAAA